UUUGGGAGUAUCUUCCACCUCCUCCAGCUAAUUCUUCAAAAACAUUUCCCCAAUUGCAAAGCUAAGCCAUAGGUGACUGAGUUGAGUUCUACCAACAUGAGGGCUGCUGGAAUUCUUGUGUUCUGUCUCUUCUCUUCAAUCUUAUCAACAGUGACUUCUCUGAGGUGUCAGACAUGUGUUGCUCCUAUAAAUGAAUGUGAAGGAGAAGAUGUGAAGGUGGAGGAAUGCAAAGAAGAUGAAGAAUUUUGUUCUACUGUAGUUUUUAAUAGUACUAUAACCAAGCAUCCGAUGAAUUUCGUUAUCAAGGAAUGCAGAAAACGUGAGCAGUGUCUCAGUGGCUCCUUCAGCACCACAGUAAUAGAUGGUAGAUUUGAAGUGUCAAAAACUAACUGUUGCCAGACUGAUGUCUGUAAUGCAGAACCGCUUCUGUUGGAAAAGUAUGAAGAGUUUCAACCAAAUUUGUUAAGGUGCCCAAGCUGCUAUGCCCAAGAUGUGGAUUCUUGUGAAGCCGAUCGGAAAGUGAGGUGUGUCGGCAAACAGGAUGAGUGUAUUACCCUCACUGGUACCAUAUCUUAUGGAAAUUUCACUGAAAAGCAAACUUUCCAAGGAUGUACAACAAACAAUAUUUGUUCCUACCCUCUAGGAGAGUCACAGAUGGGCAAUGGGCUGUUUCAGGUCAAUGUCACCACCCUUAAAUGCAGAAAUGCUCAUCUUCCAGAUCCUGAUUAUAUGUGGUAGUUUGGGUAGAGCUGAACCUCCUUCACAAUUAUUGGAAGAUUUGUAAAAAAUGAGAAAAGUGGAGAUUUAAUGAUGAGAUAAGUGAAAAUUGGGAUCAAAGAUGCUUGAGUUUCCUCUCUGAGUCAGUGGUGGAAAGUUGGAAAUUUGGGACAAAAAAAUUGAAAUAUUAUGCUUUGAGACCAUAGCUCAAGAAAAUGUUGUGUGUUUUCAAUCUUCAAAGUUCACAGAAUCAUCAUAAAAAUAAAUUGAUAUGACAAAGGCA